GCUGUUCCCUGUUUGUCAUUCAACAUCCAUACUUCAACGAAGACAGACAAAAUAUUUAGAAAUUUCUCGUAAAACUUCUCACAAAAUUUUCACAAAUAUAACAACAGACAGAUUGUGAGUAAUAACAAUUUCACCAUGUUACUGCGUCUUGCAUCAGCAUUGCCGGCCAAGGGUCUAUUGACCACUUCUUUUUCGAAUUCUGCAAAACAAGCCUUUUUGGCACCUAAAUUGGCCAAAGCGCCCAAUAAUAAUGCAGUGCUCUUGCGUAAUUAUGCCAGAGGACCUCGCGAAGCACCGCCCGCUGUUCGAGGUGAGGUACGCCGUGGCCCCACUUUGAAGGAAAAAUUAAUGGGUCCCCCAUCAGCCAAUGCAUAUUCUUUGGGUAAGGGAGCGGCGGCAGGCGCCGCAGGUAUUGGCUUGGGUGCCCUUUGCUAUUAUGGCUUGGGUUUAAGCAAUGAGGCCAGCAUUCAACAUAAUUCACUAUUAUGGCCUCAAUAUGUAAGAGAUCGUUUACAUACUACCUAUGGUUAUUUUGGAGCUGCAUGUAUAGCCACCGCUCUUUCUGCGGCUGCUGUGUUCCGCUCACCCCGUUUGCUUGAAUUGACAACCCGUAAUGGUUGGCUGUCUACUUUGGGCACAUUUGCCUUGGUCAUUGGCACUGGAGCUAUGACCCAAUCUAUACAAUAUAAGGAAGGUGUUGGUCCCAAACAAUUGUCAUGGCUUUUGCAUUGUGCCGUUCUGGGUGGCGUCAUUGCACCUCUCUGCUUCUUGGGUGGCCCUUUGCUAACACGUGCGGCUAUUUAUACCGGUGGUGUAGUGGGUGGUCUUUCCACAGUUGCCGUAUGCGCUCCAAGUGAUAAAUUCCUAUACAUGGGUGGUCCUUUGGCUAUUGGUUUGGGCUUGGUUAUGGCAUCUUCAUUGGCUGGCAUUUGGCUUCCCCCUACAACAGCCCUAGGCGCAGGUCUGGCUUCUUUAUCUCUUUACGGCGGCCUGAUCUUAUUCAGUGGUUUCCUACUGUAUGACACCCAACGUAUUGUUCGCAAGGCUGAAAUGUAUCCCCAAUAUGCAAUGCAACCCUUUGAUCCUAUCAAUGCGAGUCUCUCGAUUUAUAUGGAUGCCUUAAACAUUUUCAUACGCAUUGCAAUGAUUUUGUCGGGAGGUGGUGGCAACAGUCGUCGCAAAUAAAUUUAUUUUAGUGUCGAACCUUAUUCAUUUUAAAUAUAUGCUAGUUAGCGAUAUGUGAUGAUAUUGUACGAGUUUGCGAAUUAAAUUGUAUUCAGUAGCGUAAUACGUAAUUAGAAAAAAAAGAAAUCCAUAAAAAAAUUAACGAACAAAUUAUUUGUUUAUGCGCACACACAAAAUGAAUACACAGUUGAUGAGAGCAGGAAAAUGACAA